AUGUCGAGCUAUGCUGCAGAACUAGAGGAAAUGGACAACGAGGAAGAUGAAGAUGAUGAGGAGGAUGAGGAUGCAGAGUCCUGCCUGUCGGACGAUGAACUCAUGACAUUGUGCUUGGCCAAGAAAGUUCCCUUACUCCAGCUGCAGAGCAACAAGCGUGCGAUCCAACUAUUGCGGCAGCUGGACAGACUUGACAAAAGCUCAAUCUCCACUUUGAAGAACGAAUACAAAAGGCGCGGUUUCGCUUUUGAAGCAUCGAUUCGCAAAGAGAGCCUACUGGCUUCCGUGAAAGAAGUGGCUGUUUACGAGAACUUGAAGCUGCAGCACUUGCGAGCAGCCUGCUUGAGUCGAAACCUCCCUGCAGAUGAGAGCAUGCGACGUCCAGGGCUACUGCAACUUCUGGCCGACCAGUCCUGGCACAGCUUGGGCAUCCCAGUGGAGCAACUGCCUAGCCUGGUCGUUGCGCAUGGGGUCCUCGACUCGCUGGGCACGCUAAACACCAAGCACUUGGCAGAUCUUUGUGCACAGUGCCACAGGAUGGGGGUGCCGGUGGAGUCCAAGCCGGAGAAGCCUGAGCUCGUGAGCCGGCUUGGGAAGGCGAUGGUGUGGAAGCAGAUGGAUGAUGCUGCCCUCAGGAGAGAGUGCUCCAAGAGGGGAGCUCCCUUGGAUGACAUCCCUGAGCAGCCUCAGCAGCCAGGCGUGAAGCUAAUCGUGAACAACAACUGCAAAGCGGGACGGCAGAAACUGGAAAGGCUUCUGCUUCAGUCCUUAUGGCUCGACAUUUGGAAAGCAGCUGGCAUCACCGUCCAGAGCUUGGGAAGCCACCAGGCGGCCUCCAGCCUUUUCUCGGAGGUGGAACGCCUUCACAGCGAGGAUCUGCCUGCCAUCCAGGAGCGGUACAAGGCUCUGGACCUGCCGCUGCAGCAGGUGCAGGAUCGGCGCUGGGUACUUCAGCGAGUUUCAGAGUCUCUUUUCUGGGAGGCCCUGCCGCUGGCAGAGCUGCUAGAAGAGUGCGAGAUGCGCGCGCUGCCCAUCAAUCCAGCGGAGCGUGAUGCCGACCAUGCUGCGGAAACAAAGCCUGUGCUGGUACGCAGACUGGUCAAAGACUCCUGCAUUCGUGCUUGGGUCAAGAUGGGCAUUCCCGUUGCACGGCUGGGCGAUGCGCGUGCCGUCGCGCUGGUCGCUGAGGAGUGGCAGAGCCUCGAAAAUAUCGGCAGUGCUGAUUUGAAGAUCAAAUGCGAACUGCAUGGUGUGCCUCCAGAUGCGGCCUUAGAGCGGCACGACUUGCUUCAGCUGCUGAAGGAUAUCGCAGUUUGGGAAUCAAUGCCACUGCACGAGCUCAAGGCUGAGCUCGCCAAGGUCACUGGUCCAGGAGUUGCACCACCUGCCCCUGAGCGUGGCGACUGCUGGAAGGAGCAGAACAGCCUGGUCGAGCAGCUACUUCUGUUGAGGUGCGCAGAGGCCUACGAAGCCAAGGGCAUCCCAGCACGUCGCAUCGGCUCUUUGAAGGCUUCUGCGAAGCUCGCGCAGGAGCUCAAGGAUCUGGAGGCCCAGGACACGGCAAGCUUGAAGGCCGAGUGCCAAAGCCUCGGACUGCCGGUGCAGCACUUGCGGCAGCAGGAGCUACGUGAUUUGCAUCGAGAGCUGGCCCUUUGGCGGGCACUGCCUUGCGGGGAGCUGCGAUUGGAAUGCAGAGCACGGAAUGUGCCCUGCCCGCAACCACAAGGCAUGGUCAUGGAGCAGGAGCUCAAAGAGAUGCUCGUGGAUGCCCUCCUCGUGGAAAAGUGCGAGGCCUGGUACGAGCGCCGUGGUGUUCCAGUCCGGCGGUUGGGCUCUGUCUCUGCAGCUGCACGUGUGUCGGAGCGCUGGGAGCAGCUGGAUCAGCUGAGCGAAGGUGGGCUACUCUUCAAAGCCUCGGCUUUCAGCAUCCAUGUCGACAAGGACCUGAAAAGGUCGGAAGUGAUGGAGAGGAUAAAGCAGGCAAUCUUGUGGAGCGAGUUGCCCAUGCGCGAGCUGCAGAAGGUUUGCCGUGAACACGGGGUCAACUCCGUGGCCCGCGAAAAUCAGAAGAAGGAGCUGAUGCACCGCCUGGCCUCUGCGCUCUGGCCUCCGCCGCCACCCGAGCCCCCAAAGCCGCCACCGACAUUCAACAACUUCGGUUCGAGAGAUUGGCAGAGGAAUUUCAAGAAAACCAACAUCCCGCCUCCGAGCCUCCCGAAGAACAUCAAUCCCAAAACGCUUCUGCCUCACUUCAAGACACUGGGCCUGGCUCCAAGCGCGAGUCCGGCAGAAGUGAAGAAGGCAUACCGCAAACUGGCACUGAAGUACCAUCCGGACUGCACCAUUGAUUCUGAAAAUGGCAUGUAA